CGACGAACAGCUUCAGUGGAACUUUACGCUGUCAUAGGAAAAUGCCGCAUCUAAAUGGUGUGUCACAAGAGCCAAGACAUACAUUGCUACAUAUAGAAGAUUCACAAAGAUGAGUGGCACGACUCGAAGUGGUGAUUCUCUAAGCGAACGGCGACAGAAAGUGAUAUGUGCAUAGCCUUGCGCGGCGGGAUGCUCAGUGAAUGUGCCGAGUUCGGACCGACGUACAUGUGUCUGCAACGUCUGGUAUCCCAGCGUGUGUCCGUGCCUUUGCGGCCGCCGUCUCACGGAAUCGCGCAAUCCAGACUCCGGACUUAUACAUGAAUCCAAAUGGCGCCCCUCAACAAUAUUGCUGUGUUAUUGCCACGCAGAUUUAGCUCAGAUGAUGUCGGAGGGCUUUGCGUUUCCUCUGCUGUUGGCGCCACCUCUCAUGUUCCUGGGCCCGGCUACUUUAAGAAUCGGGACUGAGAUAUAAGAACGUUGCCUUAUUAUGUGCCAUUUCCGCAAAACUGCUUUAUAACUCCAAAUUCAGAAUGCUAUUGCUUUAGUUCAUGCGAGUAUAACGGGCCAGCCCCUCGUGCCGACUUGCGACACCCUAAGGCGGCGAGCGUUACUACGCUUUCGAUAGUCUCUAGCAGUGUUUCACUCUUAUAGAUAGAAAGCUAUCUGGUUAUUCUUGUCGCUGGCACUCUAGAAAGCAUGGUAUUACUAGUGUGCAAUGUCGACCGAUGGUAGUAUAAAUCUAAGAGGAAGAAACGCUUGAAGGCGUAGUGAUACUAUGGCUCCCGUUAAUUCUGCAAUACUUUACCUCACGGCGUUGGCUGUAGCGGCAAGUACUCAAGCUCGAACGUUUACCGUGAAGAAUAAAUGUAGUUACACAGUCUGGCCAGCGAUCUACACUGACAAGAGCUCUCCCGUCAAGCCAGACCAUCCGACAGGGUGGGAAGCCAAGGCGGGCUCAGAAGUGAGCUUCAACGUUCCCGAUGGUUGGAAGUCGGGACGCAUUUGGGGCCGUAAGGAUUGUGACUUUAGCAAGAACCCUGGACCCAAUUCAUGCCCGGCCGGUGGUUGCAAUGGCGGACUUGAGUGUGAUGCGAGUACUGGUACAGGUGUGCCACCUGCUUCUCUGGCGGAAUGGACUCUCAAUGGUGAUGGUCUGGACUGGUAUGAUGUCUCUCUCGUUGAUGGCUUCAACCUUCCGAUCAGUAUUACGAACAACAAGGGAUGCCCUCUCUCGGAUUGCCCGAAAGACCUUGCCCCAGAUUGUCCUUCUCAGCUCAAGAAAAAUGGUGGAUGCCUUAGCGCAUGCGCUGCAAACUUAGACGGUCAUCCACAGGACUCUGCGAACUGCUGCUCGGGUAGCCACAACACUGCAGCCACGUGUCCUUCAAAGGGUGUCCAGUUCUAUUCGUACUUCAAGCAAGGAUGCCCUAACUCAUACGUCUACGCUUAUGACGAAGGGAGUGGCACUGCGCUCCGCAACUGCUCGUCUUCGUUGUCCGCUGACUACACUUUGACAUUCUGCCCCUAAAGGUAGCAAUCGUGUUUCCGGCUUCAUGUUAUUUUUUAAGCCUUUGGAUUUGUCGGACAAUGAUAGAUACGCCUAGAAUAGAUAAUGCGUUGCAUACUGUACACAUUAAUAGAGAUAUUAAUAGAGAAUAUAGC